AUGGUCUCAAUCGCUUGCUUGGGCACAAUGACCUUCGGGCAGCAGAACACAGAAGACGAGGCUGUCGAGCAGCUCAACUAUGCGGUGCACGAGGCAGGCAUCAACUUCAUCGAUACUGCUGAGCUCUACCCCGUCCCGCCAUCCAGCAAGACAUGCGGAAGCACGGAGGAGAUCAUCGGGCGAUGGCUGGCGCGAGGAGGUCCGGAGCUACGCAAGAAGAUCUACUUAGCCUCCAAGGUGUCAGGGUACAGCAACCGCGGCUACCUCUACGCCAACCGCAAAGUUCCUCGACAGCAGAUCCUCGAGGCCUGCGAUGCCUCGCUGCGCAGGUUGCAGACCAACUACCUCGACCUCUACCAGCUCCACUGGCCCGAGCGCUACACGCCUGGCUUCGGUGCCCUCGCGUAUCAGCGCUGCCUUGAGCGCGUGGAUUCGGUUCCGAUCGAGGAGCAAGUUGCGGCAAUGGGCGAGCUGAUCAAGCAAGGAAAGAUUCGCUACUGGGGGAUCAGCAACGAGAAUGCCUUCGGAGUGGCGAAGUUUGUGAUGGCAGCAGAGAAGCUGCAAGUUCCUCUCCCCGUCUCCAUCCAGAACGACUUCUGCACCAUCGACCGGCGAUUCGAGCAAGACGGCACCGCGGAAGCUUGUAGCCCUCUCAAUGCUCCUCCUCAUGGCAUCAGUUUGCUCGCUUAUGGUCCCCUGGCGGGCGGGACGCUUUCAGGGAAGUACUCAACAGGUUUGUGGGACCUCUCCUCUUCUCGUCACACGCUCUUUCCGCUCUUUCAGCCGCGCUAUCACGCCAAGAAUGCCAUCGAGUUCGCAAAGCAGCACGCGGACAUAGCGGCGAAGUACGGCAUCACAUCCUCCCAGCUGGCCCUCGCGUGGGCUGCCGCUCGCGAGUACAUGGGGAGUGUGAUCAUCGGAGCGACGACUAUGGACCAGGUGACGCUGCUACUUGCAGGCACAGGCAGGUGA